GAAAAAGGCAUUGGUUUGGUUGGUUGAUUGUCUGUAAUUUGUGGUAAAGAAAAGAGUGUGAAGAGGGUCGAAGCAAAGCAAGGUCGCUUCAGCGUUGAUUUCAACGAAACUCAUUCUGCAUCGAGCAAUCGAUCGAUCAGGCAAUCCGAGUGGAAUCCACCGUCAAUGAAGCGCAAGAAGUGGUCGGAAGUGGAGGAGCAAACCCUACUGUCCAAAUACUCAGACCUCCUCCGUUCGGGGACCCUCGCCAAGCUCAAAACGCGCGAGAAGAAGUUCAAGCCCGUGGCGGAGCACGUCAACGCCGUCCACCACCACCGCGACCCCUCCUCCUUCCCCUUCAAGUGGUCCUGGCGCGACGUCUCCAUCAAGGUUCAGAACAUGCGUCAUCAGUAUCUCGGCGUCAAGCAGAAGAUCCGCCUCGCGCCUCACCACUUCAAUUGGAAGGACGGGAACAAUCACUGGGAGAAUUUUCUCAAGUAUAAAGAAGUCUUCGGCGACGUGCAGUUGUUGGAAUCGCCUAAACCCCUCACCACCGCUAAAUUAGGGUUUGAGGUCGAUUCCGAUGAUGAGGAAGACGAAGAGGAGGAGGAGGACUGUGGUGAUGAAGACGAGGAUAUGUUGAAGGUGAGGAAGUUGGGUUCCGUUGUGGAGCUGAGGGAGGCGGUGGUGAAGCGAGAGGAGAGGCGGCGGGAGCGGGAGUUCCGGCGGGAGAAGGUGGAAGCGGAACGGGAGAGGAAGCGGCGCGAGGUGGAAUUUCGGCGGGAGCGGCGGCGGGAGUGUUUGGAGGAACGGGAGAUGGAGUUGGAGGAGCGGCAGUUGAGGUGGGCGAGGAGGGAGCUGGAGAAGACGAUGAGGUUGGAGCGGGAGCUGGAUGCGGAACGGCGGUGGCGGAAGCGCGUGGAGGAGAAGAUGGAGGAGGAGGAGAUGGAGUGGAGGCAGAGGAUGGUGGCAAUGCAGGUUGAGCAUGAGAAGCAGAUGAUGCAAAUGCAUGUUGAGGCGUGCCAGAAUCAAAUGCAGGUUCUUGGUAUCAUGGCAAGGCUCCUUUGCCAGUUUUUUGGGUCUGGAACUGAUGGAUUGAGUAAUGGAUUAGGGGCAUUGCCUCCUCAGGUUUUGCAUCAUGGAGCUGGAUUAGUGUUAAGUUUUGUGAGAAUACUCAUCAGAAAUGGCCUCAAAUUCUAGGUUCUAUUAAAUUGUUGAAUCGGUUAGGAAUGGAUUAUUUAUUUCUUAUGUUUGUAGUACACUGUUUUCCGUUAUAAAUUUGUUGAAACAUUUUGGCAAGUUUUCUCAUUAUUUUACUAGAAGUUUACUAUGGAUAUUACUAUGCCGCUCCAGUAUAAGAUUAAAGGAUACUUGUUUGCACAUUUUGAUGCAUAAUGUU